AAACACUAAUGCAGUCUAACUGCCGCCGUUAGCACCGUUACAAGUAUUUUCGGACGUCACGCGCGUAUUAAUAAACUUAACAACCGUAAAUACUAAACACGAUCACAUUUAGAUAGUAUUAAUCGUAGGAAGUGUUUAAAUUCACUUUUUGCGGUUGUAAAUCAAUUUAUUCCAAACGUUUUCCGCAUGUUUUAUGGUGUAUUGCAUAUUUAUACGUAGGUAUCGUGAUGACUGUCGUGUUGCGACUGUAAAGAUAGAGUGAAACAAAUGGUACCAAGGAAUAAAAUCGACGCGACAGCGAAUUCGCCUCGCAUUACUUUUGCGUCUCUGUCGUCCUGAGUUACGUUUUAACCGGUGCAAAUGACGAGGCGGCGCGUUAAAAUGGCAUUUCUCUCACAACGCGCGAUCAUAACACACACCGGUUCAAUUAAUAUAAGAAAAGUGAAGUAACCUUUUUGCAUCGCAUAGAAAUAAAAAAUAUGUUAAACCUAGUGACCUGUUACCAUAAACAAGAACUUUGUUUAUCUGCAUUAAAGUGAACAAUGACUAAUUAAAAUCUGAAGUGCGAUAAGUGGGUUAGUUGCGAUAGAAGAAAAUGCGGGCGACACGGAGACCGAAACUAUUUCUCCUGCUUGUGUUUGCGUUUCUCGUUUUUCUCGCGUGCAAAUUCAUCCCGGUGCACUAUUUCCUCAACACGGACUAUAAUUACUACCUCACUCAAGAUGGCUUCUACCUGUUGAUUUCACCAACAUGUCGGAUUGUCAAUCUCAAUCCAUGGAACGACGACGCCAAGCGUUAUUAUGUCAAAAAGACGUACUACUCAUGUGCAACCAGUGCCAUAUUGACUGAAAUGGUGUUAGAUUCCAAUAAAAUCGACGUUUAUUUACAACGAAACCACGAAAUUCUCUCUGUGGAUUAUCCUGAUCUGACAUGUUGUGUUUCUAACGUCACACGAGCGCAGUCGCCAUCUUUAAACAACACAUAUGAUGAUAAUAAAGCGAUAUUGAGUGAAUGCAUAAAAUUCUCAAGUUUUCCUCUGAAAGUCUCUAAUGAACAUGCGACGUAUAUUCGCUGUGCAGAUAUUGCGACAUCGAAACUCUACGAAAAUAUCCAUCAACCCAUUGCGCUGACAGCUUCCGUCCGAAGUAAACUAAACAAGUUAACGUUAAAAACUGACUUGAAAACACGCGAAAAAGUACUUAAGCGUACACAUCGUAAAAUGAACGUGUUAAUUCUUGGUAUUGAUAGCAUAUCUCGACUUAAUCUCAUUCGUACAAUGCCACACACUUAUAAUUUACUGCAAUCUAAUCCCAGUUGGAUGGAGUUUAAGAUUUAUCAAAAAAUGGGAGAAAAUACGCUACCGAAUCUGAUGGCUAUCUUAGCAGGUUUUAAUUUAUCACAGACCUACGACAUUUGUAAACCUUCACUUCCUGGUGGUUUAGAUAACUGUCCAUUUAUCUGGAGGAGAUUCUCUGAUAAAGGUUAUAUCACAGCAUAUGCGGAGGAUUUAGCGAAAAUCGCCACGUUUAAUUUUGAACGACCUGGAUUUAAUAAUUCCCCGGUUGAUUAUUACACUCGUGCAUAUCACUUGGGCUGUGCACACUUCCUAUCAACUACUACAUUUGACGGCGCGCCAUUUUGUUCCGGUUUGGUGCAAGAUGGUGAACGGGUUUGGAACGUCGCGAUGGAUUUCGCACGUUUACACAAACACAAUCCACAUUUUGGUUUCUUUUGGACGAAUAGCUACUCACACGAAGAUGUUAACACACCAGCUAAGAUGGAUGACAAAGUUCGUGAUUAUCUGAUGGAAAUAUCUGAUAUUGUAGAAGAUAACACUUUGAUUAUAUUUUUGAGUGAUCAUGGUAUAAGAUUCGGACCAAUUAGGAACACACUGACUGGAUAUUUAGAAGAACGUCUGCCUUUUCUUUAUUUUCGCUUUCCGAAGUGGUUUCCGAAGGAGUAUCCAGAUCAGUACGCCAUUUUGAAAAUGAAUACACAACGUAUGGUGACACCGUUUGAUCUGUACAUGACAUUACAACAAGUUUUAAACAUGGCGGAUGAAUCAUAUGAAAUGGAACCAUCUUUAGGUUGUCCCAAGUGUAAAUCGUUAAUGGAGUUGAUUCCGUUAGAAAGGUCAUGUCAAGAUGCGAAUAUUACUGAUCAUUGGUGUACAUGUUCGAAUUUAAUUGAAAUUGAUACAAACUCAGACCGAAUCAAAAUGGCUGCUGAUGUUGCGGUAGGAAAGUUAAAUUCACUCAUUGUACAAUUAAAUGGGGAACAGUUGUGCGAGCGUUAUAGACUUGAUAGAGUGUUGAAAGCGUAUCAAGCUACUAAUCAUUAUGGUGGGAAUGAUGAUCUUGUUGUUGUUGAAUUCCAGACUUUCCCGAAAGCACAGUUUGAAGUUAGCAUGCAUACGGGAAAUAUGGAAGCGUACGGUGGGUUUUCACGCUCGGAUAGUUAUAAAACAACAAGCGGAUGUACGAACAGUCGUAACUUGCAAAUGUUUUGUUAUUGCAAGGAAACUAGUGAGCAUUGGAUUGACAGAACUGAUGGAAUUUAAGUUAUUUAUACAGAUGUGCUGUAAUUAAUGGUCAAUUCAAUUGUUUUAUUAAGCAGAAUUAUGUUUACUUUGUUAAAAUUUUAUUGAAAUGUUAAUAAAACGAUUUUUCAUGGUU